GCUUCGCUUUUCUAGCUCCGAAGCAGCAGAGCGACACUUGGACUAACAGUAGGUUCCGCUCAUGAGAAUGACUUUUCACACGUAGCUACGCGACAGACGCCUCGUUCUGGUCAACGUUCAGGUGGAGAUUAAAGCACAGAGACGGUGUUCCGUUGCCUGGGUGUUGCCUGGGUGUUAGAGUGGACGAUGGCCCUCUGUAUGUGGCCGGAGCCGCUGUCACCGGCGCAGCUCAAGCGCCUGGAGCAGCACAAGUACAGCGCCUCCGGUCGCUCCUUACUGGAGCCGCCGUGUCAGAUCUACUGGAACUGGUUAGUGGAGCAGAUCCCGGUGUGGCUCGCGCCGAACACGCUGACCAUCACGGGACUUAUUAUCAACGUCUUUACUACCAUUAUACUGGUGUUUUACUGCCCCACUGCCACAGAGGAGGCUCCGUCAUGGGCUUUUAUUCUCAGUGCUUUAGGUCUCUUUAUCUACCAGUCACUAGAUGCUAUUGAUGGGAAACAAGCCCGACGGACCAAUAGCAGCUCGGCUCUGGGAGAACUCUUCGACCAUGGCUGUGAUGCCGUCUCUACAGUUUUUGUCGCUGUGGGAUCGUGUAUAUGUGCUGGCAUUGGCGCUUACCCGAACUGGAUGUUUUUCUGUGGCUUCGUGGGAAUGUUCAUGUUCUUCUGCGCACACUGGCAGACCUACGUGUCUGGGAAACUACGCUUUGGCAUUGUCGACGUGACUGAGGUGCAGAUCGCUAUCAUAAUCAUGUACCUGAUGUCUGCCUUCGGAGGAGUUAGCCUUUGGGAGACUAUGUUGCCCGGGCUCGGCAUUAAACUGCAAGUGCUCCCGAUCCUGGGCAUCAUCGGGGGAUUUCUGUUGUCAACCUACAACUACUUCCUGGUCAUCCUGAGUGGUGGCGUGGGCAAAAACGGCUCGACCGUGGCGGACACCAGUGUGUUGUCUCCUGGCCUGCACAUCGGCCUCAUCCUCACCCUGGCCUUCAUCAUCUUUAAGAAGUCGUCCAGCCAGCUGUUUGAACAUCAUCCUUGUCUCUACAUCCUCACCUUUGGCACGGUCAUAGCAAAGAUUUCCAACAAGCUAGUGAUUGCUCAGAUGACCAGGAGUACGCUUCAUCUGAGCGACACGGCCUUCAUCGGCCCCUGCCUCCUCUUCCUCAAUCAGUACUUCAACAGCUUCAUUGAGGAAUAUAUCGUCCUCUGGAUUGCUCUGAUCCUGUCUGUGGUGGACCUGGCACGUUACUGCACAGGUGUGUGUCUGCAGAUCGCCGCUCACCUGCGCAUACAUGUGUUCAGCAUCACCCCACCAGGCCACGCCCACAAAGACUGACAAUUUGCCCGGCGGGAGGAGGAGGUGGGGCCAAGCGAAGACAUUGCCCCGCUUCUCGAAUCACAGCAGGAGAACCAAACCCUCAGCAGCCUUGACAGUGUGGAGACCACUAAUUAACCAAGAGACCUGAACUGAAGCUCGUGUGCUCGGCCAGUUUGGAGUUCACUAAAUCACAAAAUAAGAGAAAACACCUUGGGUGCUAUCUUCCACCUGUUUGGAAACAGAGCAAUGAAUCAUUGUUUAAAUUGUCACUAAAUUGCCAAAUUCAUUCUGUUUACAGAUUUGAGAAAUGCACAUUAUUUUUUUUUUUUAGCUUUAAUGAAGUGCCAAUAUAAACUCUUCUGUUAUCGUUCCCUCGUGUUCUCUCCCAUGGACAAUUUCUUACAGAUUUUAUAUCCGAACAGAGAAAUUUCGCUAACAUUCCAACGAUUUCCCAGCAAAUGUGUUUAAAUGUUGAAUUCAUGUCCCCUACCCCAAAGUAAGCUUGAACAAAAAAAAAUAUGGUCAUGUGCUUGUUCAGUGAUUAGUGUUUGUAUUUAUUCUCUUAAUUCAACUGGAUUGGGUGUGAAAUGAAGUCAGGUCUUGGAUGAAAGAGACAUAAUUGUCAGGGACUAUGGGUUUACUGGGACCAGGAUCAAGUAAGUGUUAAAGACAGGACACUCCCCGACUAACAUCGUCCUCAUCGUCCUCCUGUUUGAACUGAUGGAUUGUGGGAAGGGAAGACACACAGACUGUCCUGUUUGAUGAUACACUCUCACAACACUGCCUGCUUUGAAGAUCUCCUCCCAAAGGGCUAAUUGUACAAAUGAAUUUGAAGUGAUUUGUGUAAUAAACUUUGCUCGUCUUA